AUGGCAUCCCGACCAUCGAUCUUUCUGCGCUAUUUCCGUUCGCAGCUACGGGAUAGCAGACCACGCGCAGUAUCGCGACGAACCCUUUCCACACCCUCUCCUUCACUGCCGCCGCCAAAACCACCCAAUGUGAACGCCAAUGACACUCAAUCUCGCCUGCGUCGGUUCAAUGACCGCCUCCCCCGCUUCCUCCGCACAUAUACUACACCCUUAUUCGGCGCUCCGGUCACCCAUAUCACAUCGUUCUUAAUACUCCAUGAGAUCACGGCUAUACUCCCACUAUUCGGGCUAGUUGGUGCCUUCCACUAUGGUGCUUGGAUGCCAGACCUUUCCUCGGAUACGAGCGAGACCAAUGCCUUUGAUGAGGGGGCUGCGCGUUUUGGCCGCUGGUUGAAGAAAAAAGGCUGGGUGGACCAGGAUGAUGUGAAUACUGUCGCAGAACAUGAGACUACCGGGGAGAAGAAAACGGAGCGUGCGGGGGUGCGAUUGGUGUUGGAGUUCGCAACGGCUUAUGCAAUUACCAAGGCUUUGCUACCGGCUCGGUUAGCAGCAAGUGUUUGGGCCACGCCGUGGUUCGCAAGAACUAUUUUUACACCUACAGCCAACCUAGCCAGGAGGCUGUUCCGAAGAGGCUGA